AUGGGCGCCAUCUCUGGACUCAUUAUGAUCACACCUUCGGCAGGUUUCAUUGAUCUACCAACAGCCUUCUUUUUCGGGGUGCUCGGUGCACUAUUCUGUCGUCAAGCGCUUCGCAUAAAGUUUAGCGACUUCGCUCGACGCUGGAGAUGGGUUGAUCACGGCGACACCUUUGCGACACAUUGCCUUGGUGGAAUUUUAGCAACGAUUUCGACAGGCUGCUUUGCUAGGAAAGAAGUCGCUGGAUAUGAUGGAGUCACAGAAAUUGUUGGUGGAGUAUUCUUCGAUGGGAACGUACGCCAGCUCGGUAUUCAGGUUGUGGAGGCUCUCGUCGGAUUUUCAUGGUCUUUCAUCGGAAGCUAUGUCGUGUACGCGCUCAUUGACUGUGUGCCGGGCUUCGAAGUGUUGGCUGAAGACAAGGACAUCAUUGCAGGCCUGGAUGCAAGCCAGAUGGACGAAGAAACGUUAUGGACCGAAACACAGAAGUACUAUCCCUAUGCCGAGCGCGAAGGCGAAUUGCAUCUCGAAUGA